UAUGAUAAUGGUUCAUGGAUUGCCAUUGCUGCUGCUGAAUUGUCAUAUGGGCUCUAUGCUGCACCGACUGAGUUCAUUUCCUGCUCUUUUCAGGCCAGCAGAAAAACCAAGAAGAAGGAAGGGGGAGCCAAACGUGCUCAGAGAGCAUCCUCUAAUGUUUUCUCCAACUUUGAACAGACACAGAUUCAAGAAUUUAAGGAAGCUUUUACGCUAAUUGAUCAGAACAGAGAUGGCUUCAUUGAUAAAGAAGACUUGAAAGAUACCUAUGCUUCUUUAGGUAAAACAAAUGUCAAAGAUGAGGAGUUAGAAUCUAUGCUUAAAGAAGCCACUGGACCGAUUAAUUUUACCAUGUUUUUGAACCUGUUUGGGGAAAAGUUAAGUGGUACGGAUACUGAAGAGACCAUAUUGAACGCAUUUAAAAUGUUUGACCCAGAUGGUAAAGGAAACCUUAACAAGGAUUAUAUUAAACGCUUAAUGAUGUCCCAAGGUGACAGGUUCAAUGCUGAAGAGAUGGAUCAGAUGUUCCAGAGUUCUCCUAUUGACGCAGCAGGAAACCUGGAUUACAAAGCUCUCUGCUAUACCAUCACUCACGGAGAUGAAAAAGAAUAGUCUGCCUACUUUUGGAAACUGUCAACACCUAUGCCCAUGCAAUAAGAAUAAAACAAAAUAAAUGCAUUACU